AAAAGAAGAAAAAAAAAAAAAAAAAAAAAAGGCAAUUCUCGAUGAGGCGAUGUUCUCUUGACCCAGAAUUUCCAGGCUACUCUUAUUUCUUUAUUAUCUUUUUAUGCUCUCUAUUUUUGUUUUUCUCUACUUUUAAACCUUAUUCUCAUCUCAUCAGUCACUCCUUUCGUCAUUCUAUUUCUCUCUCGCCUUGGCUCAUGUUUUUGUAUUCUGUGCUUAUGGAUAUUGAUAAACCACAUUAUAAAAAAGCGGUCUUUUUUUCUUUCAAAAGAAGUCAAUAAUACUGCGGCCAAGCUAAUGAAUGGACUGGGGACCAAAAAAAAAAAAAAAAGGUCGUCGGACAAAAGGAUUCAACGGAGUCGGAAAA